GCGUACCGCCACCUACGCGACCUAACGCUGCUUUCCAUGCAUCUGGGCUGAUUAUUCUGAAGCAAUUAUCUCCUUUAGUACGCGGCGCUAUGGAUAACAAGGAGCAAUUACACGAUGAGUCUGACCACGACGCCCAAAGACCGCCCAAGCGUGCUCGUCGAACGCCGCCACCUCCAGCUACCCAACCACCCACGACCGGAUCACCUUAUAAUCCGACCAGCAAUGGCAACGGCAAGGGAUACACACCUCAUGCGUCUGCGCUACCGCCUCUCUCUGUGUCUAUUCUUGGAGUCGAGCCAAUGGACGAGUUCAUCCGCGAGGUGGCCGACUUUGUGCACCAUAUGAUCAGCACACGUCCGGAGGGCCCGGGACAGGUGGAAGUUGAGGCCAAGAUUGGGGUUUUGCGAGAUAAGAUGUCAGGACAGCGGAUACAGCUGCCCGUUCUGGUCGAGACUAUACUCGUACCAAAUGCCAUCGACUGCAGAUUCGAAUCCAACAUGUCGCCGAUGCAACACAGGCACUUCAACGGGCUUCUCAACGGACUGAAAGUAUCACCACCACCCUACUCCACCUCCCCAAUAUCAUACGAGCAUCUCCGCCUCAUCGACUCCUUCUACGCAUCCGAAGGCCAUGGCGAGCGCAUCCGCGUCACACGAGACGAGAAGAGUGGCACCGUGCAGGCGUGUGUCCGCAAGGUGCGGCUCGCAAGCCUGGACAUUUAUUGUCCGAAACGCGCGGCGGACUGGAGGAUCAGUGUAAAUGUGGAGGUACCAGUGCAACAGCCGAUAGGGACGGCGACGCAUACGCGGAGGAAGGACCGCAUGAGCUACUCCCACGAGGAAUUCCUGAUCGACCUCACACAGGUCACAUCGAAUGCUGCCGGAAAAACGGAAGUGUUGCAUGAACUCGAAGUGGAGAUCGCGCGCUCCGACUUCCUCCUAUCAAUGGCCGCAAAGCGGGGCGACCCGUCCGUUCCGGAGCAAGAACGCGGGGCAUUCGACGAACUGAUCCGCGCCUUCGUCAACAACGCGCGAAUAUUGGUGCGGAAUGCGGGAGACGGAUGGCAGUAAGAGUAGUUUCGGUGCGUCGCUGCCAGCAUGGAUUUUUUGUAACGUUUGUCGUUUGUCUCAUUGUAAUUGCUCCGCUUGGAUGAUAUGUGUAUUGUGCACAAUAGUCUAGUUGAGACUACCUGGUGUAUUGAUAGUGCUAGACUAACCGUCGAAUCUCAUUGCGACUCAGGAUGCC